AUGUCGACGGAGAAGGAGAGAGAGACCCAAGUUUAUUUGGCUAAACUUGCUGAACAAGCGGAGAGAUAUGAAGAAAUGGUCGAAUGCAUGAAGAAAGUAGCGAAACUUGAUCUUGAGCUAACUGUUGAAGAGAGGAAUCUCCUAUCAGUUGGAUACAAAAACGUCAUUGGUGCAAGGAGAGCCUCUUGGCGCAUAAUGUCCUCAAUCGAGCAAAAGGAAGAGUCUAAGGGUAAUGAGCACAAUGUUAAGCUGAUCAAGAGCUAUUGUCAAAAGGUUGAGGAGGAACUCUCAAAGAUUUGCAAUGACAUUCUCACAAUUAUAGACCAACAUCUGAUUUCCUCUUCCACCUCAGCAGAAGCUAAUGUUUUCUACUAUAAGAUGAAAGGUGAUUAUUUUCGAUAUCUUGCAGAGUUCAAAACUGACCAAGAAAGGAAAGAGGCAGCUGAGCAAUCGCUCAAAGGAUAUGAAGCUGCUUCAGCAACUGCAAACACAGAUCUUCCACCAACGCAUCCAAUCCGUCUUGGACUUGCACUCAACUUUUCUGUGUUUUAUUAUGAAAUAAUGAACUCUCCUGAAAGGGCUUGCCAUUUAGCAAAACAAGCUUUUGACGAGGCAAUUGCAGAAUUGGACACAUUGAGUGAAGAAUCAUACAAGGAUAGCACUUUGAUCAUGCAGUUGUUGAGAGACAACCUAACUCUCUGGACCUCCGACUUACCUGAGGAUGGAGGUGAGGAUAACGUAAAAGCUGAAGAAGCCAAACCUACUGAGACUGAGCAUCUUGUGGAUUGGAAACAAUUGAAAAAGGAUUGGAAGAUUGCUGAGAUUGAGGAAAUUCUUAAAAGGGUGGUGAAGCCUAAUUUUAGAGGAGUUUAUAUCCGAUUUUUUUAG